GUAGAUGUAUAUAUGAUCAUCAACCCAUGAGAGGCAAAGCCCUGCUCUGAUGAAAAUGGCAGCAAAGAAAGCAUGGAGAAUCGUUCCGAGACCCCUCCUAGAAACCGUCCUCAACAACCACGCGCACCACCACCGCGUCCAUCAAACCCUCCUCCUUCACGGCCCCAGAGGCGUCGGAAAAACCACCCUCAUUCUCCGCCGCUUACUCCCCGACUGGAACCAAGGCCCUCACCUCACCGGCUACGUGGACUUCGCCCAACCCAUCAAAGCCCACCACGGCCCGUGGGCCUCGUGGUCCACCUGCCCUCCGCCGCCCCUCUCCGAAUGCCGCCAAGCCCUCGAGCAAUGCCUGGAGUCCAUGGCCGAGAAGGGCAUCCGCGCCGGCACCAUCACCUCCCAACAGAUAUUCGCCACUCUCAACAAGUGGCACGGCCUCUCCGCCGCCCUCCGCCGCCUCCUGCACGCCGCCAACUCCCGCGCCUCCCCGGCCGCGCUGUGGGACCGCGCCGUGUUCUCGGUGUCCGGCCAGUGCGCCGCCGCCGAGGCUGCCCGGAUUUUGGGAUUCGGGGAGGAGGAGAGGAAUCGCUUGUCCGUUGAGGAGGCUUCUUACUUGAGCGAAUCCGUUGCGGCGCUGAAGCUCGCAAAGAAGGUGAUCGAGGUUCAGCAAGGGUGGAGGGUCAAUGCCAUUGCGAACAUGAAUCGCACCGGCGUCUUCUCAAGGACUUUGACUCAUUCUUCCACUGAUUGGCCUUGCUUGUUGCUGGAGUUGCUUUCACAAGCUGCUGAAAUUGACCAUUUUCAGCCAAAGCUGGUUAUUAACAAUAUUGAAGUUCUAAAGCAUGCCACUGUAAAUGACGAGUUAUCAGUCAGUGGACCCCUAUAUCAUGAUAGUCUGAUAUGGAGAAUUAUUGCUUUGGGCGCAAAUGAGCAGUGUCUGCCUGUUUUCCUGGUGACAUCUGAUAGUUACUAUUCAUAUGAAGCUUUCUUGGAGUUUGGAUAUACGGAGAUAUUUAUCUCACGUGAGACCUUUGGAUGGACCCCACAAGAAGCCAAGAUGCACAUGGUCACUGACUAUUUUAGUCAGUCAGAAUGGAAAGUAAUUGAUGAGAUACUUGGGCCAAACCCUCGUCAUCUAUUUGAACUUUAUGCACUUAAACAAAGACCAACAGAAGACAAGGCUUGUACCUUCGAUGACAUUGUAGAUGCAUAUAUAGCAUAUUUGCAAAUUACUGUUGUGAACCCUGCUUUGGAUAGAGCAUUGGAGAUCUUGCAAAAAUUUGCAAAUGAUGUAUACAAGGGAAAGGUUUCAAAAGACAAAUUACGUUUUGGUGCACCUUGGAGGCAUCCACCAAAAAUUGAUGAUCCUAAGUUGCACAUGGAAUGGGCAAAGCUUCAGUUAAUGGAUUUUGUGCAGUCUUUGGCCAAUACUGAAUUUGGGGUCAAUUACCGAACUGAUUAUAGUGAAGAAAUCUUUGAUGAUCCAUCUACUGCUGCAUUAUUACAGGUGGGGUUGCUUUACACUCAAAGGGAUCCACCGUUCCUUCGUCCCAUAUCUAAGGGGAUUCAGAGGUGUCUAGUGAGAUGGCUUGUACAGCAGCAGAUGCAGCUGAAUUUCCGCGACUUGAUUCAUUUUGUGUGGCACAGAAUAAUACGUGGACGUUAUUAUCGCCAUUUGAUGGUACAAGUAGGCUACAAGUAGAGCAUGAAAGUAGGUUAACUUUGAAAAUGACAAAGUGAGGCAAAUUUUCCACUGAUUUCGUGGAGAGACAUGUAUGUUAACUACGACCAAUUUAUUGUAUUUUGAAGAUUGAGUGCAAUUAUCAUAUGCUGUUUAUAUUUUUUGUACUCUAACUUCUAUUGAAGAGUUUUGGUUAACAUUUUUUUGUUGGGUGAAGUUUUUAUUCCUUAUAUCCAAGAUGAAAUGCAUUUAAAAAUGGCACAUUGCAUUAUGCUUGGAGUGGAGUAACUUCCUGAACUAGAUAAUUUGGUUCCUUAUUCAGUUACAUUUUUGAUUUUUGCCUUGUUCCUUUUUAUGAGUAAACCCUCAAUUCAGUACUUGACAGCUGUCAGUUAGUUAUUAGUUUGUUGGUCUCUUAGGUUUUUUUUAGAAGAUACUUGUAUUUGUAAUAUAAAUACUGCCCUAUGUAAACUGAAUCAUUUUGUAUCAAUAAUAUCCAGAUUUCUGUUUCUCCUAAA